AUGGGAGAAAAGCCUUCACAGUCACUUGAAGAGUUGCUGAAGACUUACAUAGUGGACUCUAAGGCAAUGCUAGAUCAACAUGACACUCAUCUCAACAAUAUUGAAAUGCAUUGCACUAAUAUGGGGGAAACAAUAAAGACAUUGGAAACACAAGUUGAGGAAAUCCCCAAGAAGAGUGAGAAUGAAGAAAGCAAGCCAGAUGAGGAGAUUCUGAAAAAAAAUCCAUUGGUGGUUAGGCCGGGUUCCAUUACUUUUUCGGAUAAUCCACCCAAGAUUACUACUCCAUUACCAUUCCCUCAACAAUUCCAUAAGAAGGUGGUUGAUGAGCAAUUUGAGAAGUUCCUAAAUAUUUUCAAGAAAAUCCAUAUCAACAUCCCUUUUGUGGAUGCUCUUGAACAAAUGCCUAACUAUGCUAAGUUUAUGAAGGAGGUGAUAUCUAAGAAGUGUAAGUUAGAUGAUUAUGAAACGGUGAAGCUAACGGAAGAGUGUAGUGCCAUUAUCAAGAGACAAUUACUAAAAAAGUUGAAAGAUUGGGGAAGUUUUACAAUUUCAUGUGUAAUUGGUGAGCUACAUAUUGAGAAGGCCUUGUGUGAUUUGGGUGCUAAUAUCAAUCUAAUGCCACUCUCUAUCUUUCAAAAACUCAAUCUUGGAGAGGUCACACCAACUACUAUUUUCUUACAAUUGGCGGAUCAUUCUUUAACGUAUCCUAGAGGUAUCAUUGAGUAUGUUUUAGUAAAGAAUGAUAAAUUCAUUUUUUCGGUUGAUUUUGUUGUGCUUGAGAUGGAUGAAGACUGA